CGAGCGGAUUAAAUCAUCGAUUAAAUUAUCACGUGAAAUAAUAAUCCCCGCGUACCUAUGUGUAUGUGCGUGUGUGCUUUAAGACAAAACAUCGCGCAUUAACUUUCAAUAGAACGCGUGAACUGGCUGUCAUCAUCGUUCACGGUUUGUUACGGGGUUUUCACAUUUAAAUGGCACGACGAGACAUUGUGGGGAGAAAGGACGGCGGGUAGUGUCGGAUUGCCGGCAUCUUUCACGAAUCUUUCUCGAGCAAUAACUUAAAACUCGCCUUCGUCGAGGUACUAAGUAGGAUCAGUAGGGUUUCAGCCUAACCUCAUAUUACAGGAUCCAUUUCUACUCCUAAUUUCGACGAAACGGAUGACUGCCGGUUGACGGGGAUUUUCGGUGGAUUAAUAGUUCGACCGAGCCUUCCCUUCGAGAGGAACGACGGUCGACGGAGGACCGGCACAUGUGCGGCUUGUACGGGGUUCGCUAUGGGGGAGACAUGAUUUAAAGUUUUAGCAGCGAACUGAGAUGCAAGAAAUUUACUAUUUACCAAAAUCUACUCUACAAUGCGACUGGCAAAUCAGCGGUGCAACUUGAUUUUGAAUUAAUCGAGGUAACGUUACACGUAAGAUCUCGAUAAGAUUCGGAAUCAAAGUGCCACUUUGGCACGCUCAACGUGUAAGAUCGCACGUGGAUCUCUAAUCGUCUCUCUGCAUAUUCCCAAGCAAGAGCGGACGACGGAAAUCAGGAAGGAUGUGCCAGGUGGCCGCGAGCAGCUCGCGCGAUUGGAGAGGAGCACGUUGGAAAACAGAAACGAGACAAAUGAGAUCAGAGCUGAGGAUGUUCGAAAGCUCCGCCUGGUUUUCGGAACGUCCCAAAAUCUCGCGCCCCUCCAAUCAACAUCUUCCACCCAUUUUCUCUCUCUCCGCUUGCCAUCUCUUCCAUCGCGUUGCUCCUUUUAGUUCUGUCUUUGCUUUUCACUCAUCGGAAACUUUGCCUAACAAUUAGUCUCGCGCCGGAGACGCGAAGUCCAUCGUGACGUUCUGCUCGAUUGGCAGAUCAGCUCGUAGUCACGUAAGAGAGAAUCGUCGAUUACGCGACAGGUAUCAAGCUAAUUUGCGUUACUUGUUGAGCGAUGCAAAUAAUGAUGAUCGGCGACUUGGCCACGUAUUUAUCUAAAAACGUUUUCGCAUCUCCUUUGCAUAAUUUUUACCUUCCAAUUUUCAAGUCUCCUCACAUUGAUGAGAAUUGAUUGAUUGCUUAGAAGUUUGUUCGGAAUAAAAAGUUCAGUGUACUGCAGGGGUUUGCUUUUAGGUCUUUUUACUUCAGAUUUUUUGUGUGUAAGUCUUCGUGUUAUUAUAAGUGCUUGGAGUUAUAUUGAGAAGUGAAGAAAGCCUUGUGCGGAUAUUCUUGAACUGUGCGUGCGUGCGAAGUUCAGUUUCUAAUACCCAUCAAGAUUACGCCGCGUGAUAAUUACGCAUCUCAUAAUUUGUGAAAGUAAUCGCGCGAUCGCCAUCGCUUUCGAGAAUUUCUCCGUUAAUUGUCAAUGCUCCAACGUAUUCAUUAAUUAUUAAAUUAAACAUAUAGUUUUUAUUAAUGAUAUUAAUGAUUAAACAUGAUUAAAUUGACUGCGACAGAAUGCCACGAAAACGACGCGCGUCGGUAUCGUCGUUGGAGGAGUACCCGACUUCCGAAGAAAAGUACAUGAAAGACGACAUGGACUGUCGCGCGCCGCGAAAUGCAGCCAAUGCACGAGAACGAGCCCGAAUGAGAACGUUGAGCAAGGCCUUUUGCAGCUUGAAAAAGAAAUUGCCUUGGGUACCAGCGGAUACGAAACUGAGCAAGCUUGAUACAUUGAGACUGGCUGCGACUUACAUUGCGCAUUUGCGAGCAGUCCUCAGAGACGACGGCGAAGCCCAUCCUGAAACUACCAAGUCCUUAUCGCUGGCUUUGUCGUGGCCAUUCGCUCUGCAAAACAGCAACACCGCCACGCUGAUGAACAACAGUUGCAACGUGUCCUCCUCGACGUCUUCUAGCUGUAAUCAGUAUCGAGGACAGCAAGCGAGUCAUGAUAUCCAAAACUUUCAUUAUGCAGGGCAUCAGGCCGCGCCGACGCGCCAUAAUCAGGAGCAACAGCUCUCUUAUUUCUAACAAAAAAUUCUGACAAUCCGAUUGGAGCUUAACGAGCGGUAUCUCCAAAAGCGAUCACUCGGCUAAAUUGUACGACUACACUACGUCGUAUUUUCACGCCUUAUUUAUUCCAGAGUGCCUUACUAUCUUACUAUUUAUUGAUUUCAUAUCUUAACAUAUAAUUAUACAUCUAUUCUACUUUAUGUGACAAGGAAAUAGUAUUUUCAAUGAUGAUCAUAAUUUUUGCGUGCCAAAGAAACGCAGUCGGCAAUGGAUUUUCAAUGAAAUCUCGAUGAAACGAAGUCAAGUAAAGGAGAGACUAUUCCCUUGUGUCAUACAUUUGGUUAUUGCAAUAUCAUGUAAUAUUAUAAUCGCAACCAAUACCAAAGCGUGCUAACUAGUCCAAUAAAAUGUUUCUAAGACUUUUAAAAAUUCCCUUUUAUUUUAUUACUCAAUUAUUAUUAAUAUAUAAAAUAUGACUGAAGUAAUCGAAGAAAGUCUUUUUGUUCUUUUCUCUCUUUUUAAUAAAAUAUCUAACAUUUAAUAUUAAUAUUUCAUGUUAUAUUACGCGCUACAUGUGCGUGCACAUUGUGCAAUAUGUGCGUCUAUGGUUUGUCAGAGAAAUGCAGUCGAUCGAGAUCGCUUCUCGCUAGAGAGGCGCCAAAUGACAUCCGGAACGGCAGAGAGGAAGUGUGCGGUAAGGUAAGAAGGAUAAAGAAGUUCAAGUUAAAUAAACAGCGCAAAGGGCUUUUUUGUGUAAACCCGAUACUAAAAUAAUAUAUCCCAUCCCGGCGACAAAUCGGCCGGCAUUAAACGUAUCGUUUACGUGCUCCGCGCUACGUCAACAUACAAUGCUUCCGAAAAUUUAUAAAUGCGAGAUAAUGCCCUGCCAUGCUUAUUUCAACUGUACUCCGAAACUCCUGACACAUUUUACAUACGAUAUAUAAUAUUUAUACAAGCUAAAAGACGGUUGUUCAUGAAAAAAAUAGCGCAGUAGGACGCCUUUUCGAAACGAUUCUUCAGAGAAAAGUUCGGAGAUACUCGACAAGUUUUCUGUCUAACGUCGUUUUAAUCGAUGCAAGCGAGAGCUCGUCGCACAGCGAAUUAAAAAGGCGGCGAAAUUUCCUACUCGCAGAUAUGACUUGGCGCGUUGGCCCACGCGCAUGCGCCGUGCCAAGUCUCUCACGGCCGUUCAGUGCGUGAGGCGCAUUUGUGGAUGGAAUCAGAUGGAAUUGACAGCUCUCGAUCUAUGAUGAAACGUUAACGAAUUUAUUGCUGUGAAACGGUAAAAGUUGAGAAAGGAUAAUUGUGAUAAUGCGUAUUAAAAGCUGUGUGAAAAGAUAGAAGUGGUGAAUAUGGAAUUUGAUUUAGGUCAUAAUUUACAACGCAAUACUGAGUAGGUUAAUAAACAUACUGAUAGUAACGAGCAAACGGAAGCAAGACAAUGUUUAAGAAUAGAAAGGUAAUCAACAAUUAAUAUUCGAAAAUUUUUAUUUUAAUGGUUGAAGAUUUUUUGACCGUGUUUAAUAGAACUAAAAUUUUUCUGUGGUAUAUUUUCUGAUAAUUCUUGUAGAUAAAAUUAAAAGUUGGCGAAGGAAAAGGUCAUAAAAGAAGGAAACAUCCACUUGAUCUUUCUGAUAGAUAUUACUUAGCGUGAUAAAUAUUAAAAGACUAGAUAUCUGGAUUAUUUGAGUGUAUAUCUCUAAAAUUUAAAAAUAGUCAUUUGGAGAGGAGAUUUCUGAUGAUAAUCUCAGAGAUAAGUUUACUUCUGUUAAUGGAAAAUACAUGAAAGGAUAAGUUUUUAAAUCU